UUCUUCUAUCCAAUGUCCUAGGCCUACACACCCACUUCCAUAAAUUUUCCCCCAACUCUCUUCCCUACUAAUAUCUAAUAAUCAUAGCCCCUUUUCCAUAUUCCUGCCACCUUCGCAUUUAUAUUGUGUGCCUGCCUACCCCAUUUCCCCACUCUGCAUUACUUGCCCUCUCUCUCCCUCUCUCGCUUUAUUCACCUGCUUAGUUUACAGAUUUCACAAGCUAAAAUGGGUGACAUUGCUUGUUCUAAUGGGAUUAGCAAUGGGAAUGGAGUGAAUGGGAAAGCCCAUUCAUCUCUAAAUGGGUAUAGGAAGAGCUGCUGGUACGAAGAAGAGAUUGAAGAGAACUUGAGAUUUUGUUUUGCUCUCAAUAGCAUUUUGCACACAGGAGCUACUCAAUAUCAGGAAAUUGCUCUGUUGGAUACGAAGCCAUUCGGAAAGGCUUUAGUGAUUGAUGGAAAGCUUCAAAGCGCAGAAGUGGACGAAUUCAUCUACCAUGAAUGUCUUGUUCAUCCUGCACUUGUUUAUCAUCCAAAUCCAAAGACAAUCUUCAUAAUGGGAGGGGGUGAAGGUUCGACAGCAAGGGAAAUACUCAGACAUAGCACUGUGGAUAAGGUUGUCAUGUGUGAUAUUGACGAGGAAGUGGUAGACUUCUGCAAGGCCUACUUGGCUGUGAAUAAAAAAGCUUUCUGUGAUCCAAGACUGGAGAUUAUCAUCAACGACGCCAGGAGGGAGAUAGAAAGCAGGAAAGAAUGCUAUGAUGUGAUAAUAGGAGACUUGGCAGACCCAAUAGAAGGAGGCCCAUGUUAUAAACUUUAUACCAAAUCCUUCUAUGAGUUGUGUGUUAAACCCAAACUUAACGAAGGUGGCAUAUUUGUCACACAGGCAGGGCCAGCAGGAAUUUUCAGCCAUACAGAAGUGUUCUCUUGCAUUUACAAUACUUUAAAGCAGGUCUUCAAGUAUGUGGUACCUUAUUCAGCUCAUGUUCCUUCCUAUGCUGAUACUUGGGGAUGGGUCAUGGCUUCAGAUAGCCCAUUGGUGCUGAGUGCUGAUGAGUUUGACCUCAGAAUUAAACAGAAAAUCAGAGGGGAAAACAGGUACCUUGAUGGGAAAACAUUUUCAUCAGCCUCUAUAUUGAGCAAAGCCGUUCGCAAAUCACUGAACAAUGAGACUCAUGUAUACACAGAGGGAGCAGCAAGAUUCAUAUAUGGGCAUGGUAGUGCUUGCAAUCAGAAUCAUGCUUAAGCAGUUGAUAUAAAAUUUAAGGAGAGCCCCCUACCAAAAGCACAAAAGUCGAUUAAUUAAGAAAUAUAUUUUUUUUUUUCUUCCUGUUUUUGAUAUGUUUAUUUUAUCUUUCUAAAUUAUGAACUUUUAAUUUCCCCCUUUUGGCUUGUGUAGCUAUCUAUGUACCUUAAUUAAUGGCAAUAUGGAUCUUUUGUUUGUGUUUUAA